AUUUCUCUUAGGCAUUUUAUGAAAAUUCUCUUACCCCGGACAUCCCUUACCCGACCCCCUCACAAAAUUUAGGGUUAGGACAUUUGUGGCUACAGUAGUACAUGGCUGACCGAAGCAAUUCAACGGCGAUUACGACGGCGACGACGACGACGGCGGUGAAGUCAAUAUGGGUGAAGCAAGCCGAGGAAGCGAAGCUGAAGAGCGAAGCGGAGAAAGACGCAGCCGGCCGCCGCAUCCGACAGCGACGAAGAUGAUGAGGAGUACGAGCAGAAGAGGCUCGCCGAGAAGCCGAUCGGUCCGGUUGACCCUACGAAAUGCACGGCCGCCGGCACCGGAAUCGCCGGCGGAACGGCGUGUGCUCCGUCGACGUUCACUGUUGUCACGAAGGACUCCGACGGUCGUAAGAUUCCCCAUGGUGGGGCCCAAGUUAAGGUUAGAGUUUCACCUGGUGUUGGAGUUGGAGGAUCGGAUUUGGAAGGGAUAGUAAAGGAUAUGAGUGAUGGGACGUACACAGUGAGUUAUAUUGUUCAGAAGAGAGGAAAUUAUAUGGUGAAUGUGGAAUGUAAUGGGAAGCCCAUCAUGGGUAGUCCUUUCCCUGUUUUCUUCAGCACAGGUAGUACUACUGGUGGAGUAUUGGGUGUAGCACCAUCAACCAAUUUUCCAAAUAUGGUCAACCAGAACAUGCCUAAUAUGCCAAACUAUUCUGGUUCUGUAUCUGGGGCUGUCCCAGGAUUGCUCGGGAUGAUACCAGGUAUUGUUCCUGGAGCUUCGGGAGGAGUAGUUUUACCUGGAAUUGGGGCAUCUCUUGGGGAAGUUUGUCGAGAAUACCUUUACGGACGGUGUGCAAAAACUGACUGCAAAUUCAAUCAUCCCCCUCACAAUCUUCUAAUGACUGCUCUAGCUGCGACUACCAGUAUGGGAACUCUUAGUCAAGUGCCCAUGGCACCUUCUGCGGCUGCAAUGGCUGCUGCUCAGGCAAUUGUUGCUGCUCAAGCUCUUCAAGCGCAUGCACAAGCUCAGUCUGCAAAAGAUUCCUCUGGAACAGGUGACCAAGAUGGAAAGGCCGAUUCCCUUAAAAGAACUCUGCAAGUCAGCAAUCUCAGCCCACUUCUGACAGUGGAUCAGUUGAAACAACUGUUUGGUUUCUAUGGUACAAUCGUUGAUUGUAGCAUUACUGAAUCCAAACAUUUUGCUUACAUUGAAUACUCAAAACCUGAAGAAGCAACUGCUGCUUUGGCGUUGAACAAUAUAGAAGUUGGUGGUCGCCCCUUAAAUGUUGAAAUGGCAAAGCAACUUCCUCCAAAGCCAGCUGUUUUAAAUUCAUCAAUGGGUUCAUCUUCUUUGCCCUUGAUGAUGCAGCAAGCAGUAGCAAUGCAGCAGAUGCAGUUUCAACAGGCCCUAUUAAUGCAGCAAGCUAUGACUGCGCAGCAAGCAGCUAAUCGAGCUGCAACCAUGAAGAGUGCCACUGAUUUGGCUGCCGCAAGAGCUGCAGAAAUAAGCAAGAAGUUGAAAGCUGAUGGUCUGCUUUCUGAUGAUAAGGAAACUGAUGACAAGGCCAAGUCACCAUCUGUCGACCGUGCUAGGUCAAGAUCCAGGUCACCAUCCAAAUCAAGAUCUAAGUCCAGAUCUCCAAUAAGUUAUAGGCGAAGACCAAGAUCCCGCUCUUUCUCUCCUCUGCCGCGGAGAUCAAGAGAUUAUAGAUCAAGGUCACCAGUAAGAUCCCGUCGUUAUUCAGGCAUUGAAGAUGAAAGGCGGUCAUAUAGGGAUGUUAGAUAUGCUAGUGACAGAGGAAGAAGGCGGGAUUCUGUUAGAUUCUAUGAUCGUCGUUCUCCUGUUUCAAGGAGAAACCGAAGUAGGAGCACAAGUCCUCGAACUAGAAAAUCUUACCGUGCUGAUUUAGGCUCACCAAAACGCCACCGAGAAAGUAGUCCAGUUCACAAGACAAGUAGAGCUUCUCGCCGUGAGUCAUUAUCUCCUGAACAUGGACGAAGAAGUAGGUCAUCCCCAAAAGAUGGUGAAAGAAAGUCAAAAUAUAGCAGGCGAUCGAGAUCAAAGUCUGCUGAAGGUAGGGACCAAUCUGAUGAUAAGCUUGAAGGAAGCAGGGAUGAAAAAGCCAAGCAGAAGGACCAGGGAAGGUCACCAUCACCACAGGUUGUUGAGGAUGCACAGAAGAAAAUGUCACCAGAAGUCCCAGAAGAAAGCAAGUCAAAGCAUGGAAGAACCUCCAGGUCCAGGUCUCCAGAAGAGAAGCAUCAUUCUAGCAGAAGCAGAGAAGAGAAAAGAAAGCAUCAUGCUAGAAGGCGCUCCAAGUCAAGGUCCAAAUCUCCUGAAGAGAAAGAUCAGGAAAGGUCAGCAUCACCACAGGUUGUUGAGGAUGCACAGAAGAAAAUGUCACCAGAAGUGCUGGAAGAAAGCAAGUCAAAGCAUGGAAGAACCUCCAGGUCCAGGUCUCCAGAAGAGAAGCAUCGUUCUGGCAGAAGCAGAGAAGAGAAAAGAAAGCACCAUGUUAGAAGGCGCUCCAAGUCAAGGUCCAAAUCUCCUGAAGAGAAAUAUCACUCAAGUAAUAAAUUAGAUAGAGGUAAAGGAGAUAAGCCAAAGCAUCGAAGUAGAAGGCAUUCAAAGUCAAGGUCCAGAUCUCCUGAAGAAAAACAUCGUUCAAGUGAUAAAUUGGAAAGGAGCAGAAAAGAGAAGUCAAAGAGUCGUAGUAAAAAGCGGUCCAGGUCAAGAUCUGUCGAUGAUAAGCAGCACAGCAGUAAACAGUCUACAAGGCGUUCCGAUGACCGACGAUCAAGACACAGGGGACGCUCUAGAUCAAAAUCUGCUGAAAGUAGGCAUGGAUCAGGUGAAGAUGAAACCAUAAAGGAUGAAGUGAGAGGUCAUAAGGGUCACCAGAAAAGUUCCAGGCGGCAUGACAGUAAUAAUGGAACAAGUGAAGCUAGCUUGAUUGGAGAAGAUCCUGCUAAGGGAAUGUGAACCAGCUACAGAUAGCUUCCAAUUCGAAGAGUUUCUGAAUCUAUGGGUUAUGGCUUGUGAUUGUUGAUCUUGUGAACAUUUUAUUUUAUCAUUGCAGAAAACAUGGAAGGUUUUGAGGAGGCAAGGUGCCUUGGAAGAACGUGACCGCAGGACACAGAUUCACUCCUUUUGAUGAGCAAGAUCUCUAAGUGAAUUAGUUGCAGUUUGUAUGACAAAUACGCAUAUUUUUGCUUCUUUUGCAGGUCUUUCAAUGGAACAUAUGCAGGAAGUGAAGUAGCAUUAGUUGAAAGAUUGAAUAUCAAGCUUGCUUCUGCACCAUCUUGGAUCAACUAUGCUGAGUUUCUUGUGAACUACUUUUUGAGCCUCAUGUAUGGUGAACUUUUACCUCUAUCAGUAGGUAGUAACUUCUUAAUUGUAUGCCUGUUUAAGGAUCUUAAUUACUCCUUAUCCUUUUAGUAAUCUCAGUACUGUGACGGAAGGUGUAUCAGAUGCCCUUUGUUGUGAGGGAAUUAUGCCUUCCACUUGAAAAAUUUGAUCGUCCUUGAGCUUUAUGACUUCAUAUGCUGUACUCUUAACUGAAGCGAAUUAUUGAUAAAGGGUUUGAAAAAGCGUUUCUUCUUAAGUA